AUGGAGAAUUACUCCAGUGCUCUGCGACCGGUGGACGACACGGACAAAUCCCUCAACGUCACCCUGCAGGUCACGCUGUCUCAGAUUAAAGACAUGUUCGGCUCAUGGACCUACAAUGGAAACCAGGUGGACAUCGCCAUGGGUAUGGACAGCGGAGACCUGUCGGACUUCGUGGAGAACGUAGAGUGGGAAUGUCACGGGAUGCCGGCCACUAAGAACGUGAUCAUGUACGGCUGCUGCUCGGAUCCGUAUCCCGACAUCACCUACACGCUCCUGCUGCAGAGACGCAGCUCCUUCUACAUCUUUAACCUGCUGCUGCCCUGCUUCCUCAUCUCCUUCCUCGCUCCUCUGGGCUUCUACCUGCCCGCAGACUCAGGCGAGAAGGUCUCGCUGGGCGUCACGGUUCUGCUGGCGCUCACCGUCUUCCAGAUGAUGGUGGCAGAGAGCAUGCCUCCCUCCGAGAGCGUUCCUCUGAUCGGUAAAUACUACGUAGCGACGAUGACUAUGGUCACAGCGUCCACUGCUUUGACCAUCUUCAUCAUGAACAUUCAUUUCUGUGGAGCCGAGGCCAAACCAGUGCCGUACUGGGCCAAAGUCCUCAUCAUCGACUACAUGUCCAAGAUCUUCUUCGUCUAUGAGGUUGGCGAGAGCUGCGCAUCUCCGUUCGGACAGAGGGAGGAAUCCGAGUCCUUCCACGGUCAGAACCAGAACCAGAAGCUCCAUCCCAAAGAGAAAGCGAAAGGAGCUCCGCCCCCCUGCUGUCCCGACGACGACAAAUCGGCUGCCUUCACGCUGACCAUUGACCCCAGUGUUUACUGCGGCUGCAGCGGUGGAAUUCUCGGGUGCGACCCGAAGCUGGUCCGGAAUGUUGAAUAUAUCGCAAGCUGCUUCCGCGAGCAAAAGGCCACGUGCCUGAAAGUGGCUGAAUGGAAGAAGGUCGCCAAGGUGAUGGACCGAAUCUUCAUGUGGAUAUUCUUCAUCAUGGUCUUCCUCAUGAGCAUCCUCAUCAUCGGGAAAGCACCUUGAACUGAUUGGUGUGACAGUCAGGUGAGAGAGUAGAGCGCAGACGCCAUAUUUAAUUGGACUAUUUGACAUAUUCCACUAUCCAUGUUUUGCUGAGUUUUUGUCCACUUUUUACUGACACAAUAAAACCCCAUAAAUUCACACUGCAAAAAAUUAUUUUCG